CAGGCACGGACACAGUCUUCUCGCAGACGGUGGCACGGCAGGUCCACGAUCACACUGCAGAGUCCUGGACUGGACUGCGUGGUCUGCCCCGCAGGUCGUGUCCGCGCUCCCUUCCUCCGGAAGUCCCUCCUCCUCCUCGUCCUUACUUCCGCCGCCGGCCCGCCGGCCCGCCGAGGCCUCUAGGAAGCCGCCAGGAAGCCGACAGGCCGACCCAGGCCCGCUCCCAGGCUCCGCCCGCAGGCCGAGACCCCCGAGAACCCCGCCACGACCAUGGCGCCGCUCCUGCCCGCCGUCUGCCUGCUGCUGUGCUGCGCCGCGGCGACGGCGAACCCCAUCCUGGGCGUGGCCCCCUACGCCGUGCGCGAGGACGCCGUCAGCACCAGCGCCGCGUCGGAGGGGCUGGAGUUCGCCCACCUGGUGGUCACCACAGCGAGCCCCAGCAGCACCGGCGUGCCCGACGACGUGGUGCCGCUGGACUCCGCCAUGGAGCGCAGCCGCUUCCUCGUCUCGGUGCUCAUGCUGGAGAGCCUCCACGACAAGCCCUUCGGCAAGAACAAGAACGACCCCAAGAUGCAGAAGGAGCUGCUGGCCGACGAGGAGGUGAUGCAGGAGGUGCUCAAGCUCUACGAGAGCCAGCAGGAAACCAAGGGACAGCACUACAUCAAAAUUCCUCCGAAGCUGAUGAAGAAGAUCAAGAGGAAGAUGAAGGAGCUCCUCAGCAACUGAAGAACUCGCCACCACGGCCAAGCCACCUCUGCGGUGUCUUAGCUUGGGUACAGCGAGGUCAAAGUUGCGCCUCGCAGUUGUUAAGAUGACAGAUAGUACGAUUCCAGUAUUUAUUGACUCAUUCGAGUGCCAUAGUUGUACAUAUUUCAUAAGGCCUGUUACCAUUUCAUCGUCUAGUAUUAUUAUAACAAUAAAUUAUUAGAAUAAUAAUAUUUAUUUUAGCUCAAAAAGGUAUUAUGGUACAAACAACGCUGUAAACAAAACACAAUAAAGAGCAUGUUUCUGUACAGCUGAAAUUCAGCGUC